AUGCGGCGACCCGAUAUAUCGCCGUCCGGCGCUGCGUUAGCGUCAUUGCUGGCUCUUGCAGCUCCUACAUCGGCCUUUUACUUCCCAGGCACCGCGCCAACAUCGUACAAAGAGGGCGACGCCGUACCGCUGUACGUAAAUCGCCUUACACCCGCCGACUCCCAAUACGACCCGAAGCUCCGCUCCGUCUUCUCCUUCGAUUACUACCAUGAGCCCUUCCACUUCUGCCAGCCAGAAGGCGGACCGAAAGAAAUACGCGAAAGUCUAGGGAGCAUAUUGUUUGGCGACAGGAUACAAACGAGUCCAUUCGAGCUGCGCAUGGGCAAGAAUGAGACGUGCAAAGCGCUGUGUGAGGCGACAUACCAGCCAGAAGAUGCUGUGUUUGUGAACAAGCGGAUUUACCAAGGCUACGACCUGAACUGGUUAAUAGACGGACUGCCAGCAGCACAAUUGCUGAUGGAUCCAAAUACAGAAGAGGCAUUUUACAGCCCUGGCUUCGCGCUGGGGCAGGUUGGCGACGACAGCCCGGAAUUCAACAACCACUACGACAUCAUAAUCGACUACCACGAGGCGAGCGCGAACAAUUUCAGGGUCGUGGGCGUGUUGGUGGAUCCCUACUCGUUGCGCGACUCGAAGAUGCUGGGAGACGGAAAGGCGCAAUGUGGCAGCAUGAACGACGCUGUUGUGCUGAAUGAGAACGCGGAGAACAAGGUCACUUUUACCUACGACGUAUACUGGCGACUGAGCCCAACGCCCUUCGCCACGAGAUGGGACAAUUAUCUCCACGUAUACGACCCGAAGAUCCAUUGGUUCUCGCUCGUCACCUCCGCGGUGUUUGUGGUCUUCCUGGUUGCCACGGUCAGCACGAUCCUAGUACGGACGCUCAAGAAGGAUAUCGCUAGGUACAACCGCCUGGACCAAUUCGCGCUCGAGGACUUCGGUGAGAAUGGCGAUGUUGAGGACGGCGUAGCUGAGGACUCCGGUUGGAAGUUGGUACACGGAGAUGUGUUUAGGCCGCCGAAGAACCCGCUUUUGCUGUCUGUACUUGCUGGCAAUGGAGCUCAGCUCUUUGCCAUGACUGCAUUGACAAUCGCAUUCGCCCUCCUCGGCUUCCUCUCUCCCAGCAACCGCGGCGCCCUCGGCACUGUCAUCAUCAUCUUCUAUACCCUAUUCGGCUCAGUUGGCGGCUACGUCGCAGCCCGCACCUACAAAUUCUUCAACGGUGAAGCAUGGAAAAUACUAUUCAUUGCCACUCCUUUUGCUCUUCCCGGCCUCGUCUUCGCCGUCUUCUUCCUCCUCAACCUUUUCGUCUGGGGUCGCGGUGCAUCAGGCGCAGUUCCAUUCACGACCAUGCUGGUAGUUGUCAUCAUCUGGUUCAUCAUCUCCGUGCCUCUGAGCAUCGCCGGUAGCUGGUUGGGAUUCAAACAAGCCGCAUUCGAACCACCUGUCCGCACGAACCAAAUUCCCCGCCAGAUUCCUCCCGCGGACGGUUACCUUCGCCCCCUUCCCUCCAUGGCUCUGGCUGGUGUCCUUCCAUUUGGCGCCAUCUUCGUCGAGCUCUACUUCAUCAUGAACUCGAUCUGGUUCAACAAGGUUUACUACAUGUUUGGCUUCCUGUUCCUCUGCUUCGGGCUCAUGAUUAUCACUGCAGCUGCUGUAACCGUGAUCACGAUUUACCUCCUACUAUGUGCCGAGAACUACCAUUGGCAGUGGAGAAGCUUCUUCACGGCUGGUGCAAGCGCUGGGUACGUUUUCCUCAGCUGCUUGCUCUACUGGGUCAAGGACGUUAGCUGGACUAGCUGGACGAGCGGAGUAGUAUAUCUCGGAUACAGUGCUCUUUUGAGUAGUUUGGUGUUUGUGCUUACUGGCACAAUUGGCUUCUUCGCAAGCUGGCUUUUUGUCAUGAAAAUCUACAGAUCUAUCAAAGUUGAUUAA